AUGCAGAUACCAUUACUUCGUCUCCAGUGCGGUGUCAAUAGUUACGAUUGGGGCAAGCUGGGCCAGGAAUCGGCGGCGGCCAAGUAUGCAGCGACCACAGCACCUUCAGACUUCUCUAUAGAGGCUGAGAAGCCAUAUGCUGAAUUAUGGAUGGGCACGCACCCUUCUCUCCCUUCGAAAGACCUCGAGACCCAACGAACAUUGCUGGACCUUGUUCAAGAUAACCAGGCAUUGAUGUCUACUGAAAUCACCGAGAGAUACGGGGGAAAACUUCCUUUUCUUUUCAAGGUGCUGUCGAUUAGAAAAGCCCUCAGUAUCCAGGCGCACCCAAACAAGAAACUUGCGGAGCAAUUACAUGCAAAGGAUCCUCGAAACUAUCCUGAUGAUAACCACAAACCUGAGAUGACGAUUGCCAUCACACCAUUUGAAGGACUUUGCGGCUUUCGGCCAUUGUCCCAGAUUGUGCAUUUCCUCAAAGCUGUCGACCCACUUCGAAAUCUAGUUGGUCAGCAGGCGGCAAGUGACUUCGAGGAAACUGUGAAGGGCUCAGAAGACUCUGAAGAUGAGGCGGUCGUCAAGAAGAAUAGAGACGCUCUGCGUGCGGUUUUCACGUCACUCAUGCAGUCCUCUCAGGAAAGCAUAGAGACUGCCACAAAAGAUCUUGUAGCUGCGGCGGAGAACUCGCCCGCUACAUUCGCUACUGGCGGUAAAGAUCAGGAAAUCACACCAAGUCCGAGAGAACUGGCCGAGCUCGUGAUCCGUCUCAACGAACAGUUUCCGAACGACAUCGGUCUGUUCGUUCUCUUCUUCCUCAAUUACGUCAAGCUGUCUCCUGGUGAGGCGAUGUUUCUUAAGGCAGACGAUAUUCACGCAUACAUUUCCGGCGAUAUCAUCGAGUGUAUGGCAUCUUCUGAUAAUGUCGUCCGUGCUGGUUUUACACCUAAGUUCAAGGAUGUCGAUACCUUGACAAAGAUGUUGACAUAUUCUUAUGCUCCAAUUGAAGAGCAGAAGAUGCAUCCAACGGACUAUCCAUAUGCGACGUUGAACACGGUCUCUUACACCAGCUCUUCUACCGCAAUACUGUAUGACCCUCCAAUUGAGGAGUUCAGUGUUGUGAAGACAGAUCUGAACAGGACGGGAGCAAAGGCGACGUUCGAUCCGAUUCCUGGUCCGAGUAUAUUUAUCUGUACUAAAGGAAAGGGCAAGAUAUCUGUGGGCCCAAAGACAGAAGAGAUCAAGGAAGGCCAUGUCUUCUUUGUAGGAGCAGAUGCAGAAUGCAUCAUUGAGAAUACGGGCAGCGGAGAAGGCGAUGACGAUGUCUUCACUACGUUCAAGGCUUUCUGCGAGCUUACUGGAAAGGAAGACCCGGUAACCGGACACUGA